AUGAACCUGCAGCAUCGCAAGCAGACACACAGGAGGGAAGCUAUACAAGUGCGAUCUCUGUCCUGCAGAGUUCAGCCUGACCAAGGACCUGCAACAUCGCAAACGGACGCACACAGGAAAGAAACCACUCAAGUGCUAUUAGGUGCCGCAGAGUUCAGUUUGAGCACGAACCUGCAGCAUCGCAAACUGGCGCCCACAGGAAAGAAACCACUCAAGAAAGAAACCACUCAAGUGCUAUUAGGUGCCGGAGAGUUCAGCUUGAGUACGAACCCGCAGCAUCGCAAACGGGCGCACACAGGAAAGAAACCACUCAAGUGCUAUCUAGGUGCCGCAGAGUUCAGCUUGAACCUGCAGCAUCGCAAACUGGCGCACACAGGAAAGAAACCACUCAAGUGCUAUCUAGGUGCCGCAGAGUUCAGCUUGAGCACAAACCUGCAGCAUCGCAAACGGGCGCACACAGGAAAGAAACCACUCAACAUCGCAAACUGGCGCACACGGGAAAGAAAGGAACCACUCCAGUGCUAUCUAGGUGCGGCAGAGUUCAGCUUGAGCACGAACCUGCAGCAUCGCAAACUGGCGCACACAGGAAAGAAACCACUCAAGUGCUAUCUAGGUGCCGCAGACUUCAGCUUGAACCUGCAGCAUCGCAAACUGGCGCACACAGGAAAGAAACCACUCAAGUGCUACCUAGGUGCUGCAGAGUUCAGAUUGAGCACGGACCCGCGGCAUCGCAAACGGGCGCACACGCGAAAGAAGCCACACAUGUGCGAUCUAGGUGCCGCAGUGUUCAGCCUGGGCACGAACCUGCAGCAUCGCAAACGGGCGCGCACAAGGAGAGAAGCCACACAAGGACGAUUUCUGUCCGAUAGAGUGACCCAUAGCACGCGCCUGCAGUGCUACAUGCGAAGACACACGGCGGAGAAGCGAGACAAGUGCGAUCUCUAUCCUAGACAGUUCAGCCACAGCACGCACCUGCAGUGCUACUUGCUGUCACACAUGGGGGAGAAGCCACACAAGUGCGAUCUGCCUCCUGCAGAGCUCAGCCACAGCAUCCACCUGCAGUGCCACAUGCGGACACACACGGGAGAGAAUCCACACAAGUACGAUGUCUGCGCUGAAGAGUUCAGUGAUCGUACGCGCCUGCAGCACCACAUGCAGACACACACGGGAGAGAAGCCACACAGUGCGAUCUCUGUCCUGCAGAGUUGA